GAAGCAACUCUCGAGACACCUUUCUCCCUCUUGAGGAUCGUCUCCGUCAGGUCGCGGCCAAUUACCACUUAUCAAGGGCACCGAAAGAAAAGAAGGAGAGAGGAGAGAGACGGAGAAGGAGAUAGAAACACUCAGCUUCCACUGCAGGACUGGUUGCACACAACAAACAUGGCGGGACAUAUCGACGUUCACUUUCAUGCUCUCCCUCCAGCCUACAAGGCUGCUGUUGCGGCACAUGGAGGUGACCCUUCUGGUUUCCCAGAGCCAGACUGGUCUCCAGAAGCAGCACUAAAAUCAAUGGAGGCCGUUGGGUCAUCUUUUGGGAUCUUCUCGGUCUCCUCGCCAGGAGUCCCCAUCACCGGUGCAGGCGAGGAAGGCCGCAAACUCAGCCGGGAGCUCAACACGUACCUAGGUGAUCUGUCCAGCAAGAGCGAAGGUCCCUUCGCCGGUAAAUUCAGCUUCUUUGGCGUUCUUCCCAACUGGGAGGACGUCGAGGGCACCGUCGCCGAGAUCGACUUCCUCUUCGGCGAGCAAAAGCUCUGCGCCGGCGUGGGCAUGUACUCAAACUACGGUGGCAAGCUGCCAGGCCACCCGACCUUCAAGCCCAUCUGGGAGAAGUUGCAGACGCACAAGGCCCUCGUCCACCUGCACCCGACCAACGUCGAGAUCACGCCUCGGUUCAUCGGCGGGUUUCUCCCGCAGCCCAUCGUGGACUACCCGCAGGACACAACCCGCGCGGCAGUUGACCUUAUCGUCACAGGCACUGUGCGCGCAUGCCCAGACGUCGACAUCAUCCUUUCACACGCCGGCGGCACGCUUCCCUUUAUUGGUGCCCGCGCCCUCGGGUCCUUGUCCAUCCCGCCCAUCGCGGUGCAGGCCGGCGUCACGUACGAGCAGGGGCUUGAGGACGCCGCGCGGUUCUACUACGACAUCGCGGUGAGCACGAGCCCGUCGCAGCUGAACGCGCUGCUGGACUUUUUGCCCGACAAAUCCCAUAUUUUGUUUGGAAGCGACUUCCCAUAUGCGCCCAUGCCCAGCAUUUUGCAGGUGGUGCACUUGUACAAGACGUUCCUGGAGAAGAGCCCCAGGGCGGAGGUCCUGAAGCCUGAGGCGUUGAGAGGCAAUGCGCUUGCGCUGUUGAACAAGCACUCGCACGGGAAGGUCUUUGAGUAGAUGGGUGAUUACACUCGGGGCUCCGCCCGAAGACAUAAGACGAUCAAGUGGGGCUUUCAAUAAAUGCUGACUUGAGUGCUCGAAAAUCAUUCCGUUUCUUGCAAAGUUCUGAGUUUGAGAUUUCUAGUAUAAUGGCUAUGUUGCUAUAUUUGUAGUGAUCUGAAAUGUUGAAUGGGCUUGUGGAAUGUGGAAUGCGUGCUGUUGGGCUUGCUUUGUUUUCCUAUGCCUCGACUUUCAAUAUCCUGCCUUAACCAGAACAUAAAGACCCAGCGUGGCCGGUUGAAUUUUCUAUCGCUAAAGAAUCAUCAGUAUCUAGUAAAUUUACAAGUGUUAGUGUGGAAUGAUGC